AUGGCCCUCCGCGGCUGGUCGCACUUCGCGCCGGAUCUCCUCGUGACCGUCUCCGGCGACCUCACGGAGCUCGCGGACAUCGCCCGCUUCCGCUCCGUCUGCACCACCUGGCGCGACGCGGGGGUGGACGCCGCGGCCGCGCCUCCGUCGCAGCCCCCGUGGCUCCUCCUCCCGUCCUCCCCGUCGCCGCUCUUCUUCAACCCCUCGGAGGACCGCCUCUACCGCAACAUCCGUCUGCCCGUCCCCGCCGCGGACGCCCACCGCCGGCGCCGCCGCCGCCGCCUCUCCGCGUCCCCGCACGGCUGGAUCCUCGCCGUCGACCCCACCGAUCUCGCCGCAUCCCUCCUUCACCCCUUCACCGGCUCCGUCCGCCCCCUCCCGCCGCUCCCCGCCUUCUUCGCCGAGACGGAUGACCUGGCCUGGGACCUGUCCCCGCACAGCAUCAUGGCGUCCUGCGGCGAGGUCGUCCUGGUCUGCGCCCUCGACCCUCUCGCGGACUCCUGGGCCCCGGUCCCCGCCAUGCCCGACUGCAACGUGAGCAGCAUCAACUACGCCGGCGGCGAUUUCUUCGUCUUCGAGGAGGACGCGUGCCGCACCACCAUCGUCGACUCCAUCACCCUCGCGGUCACGGCCGUCAUCCAGCCGCCGCCCCAAGUCGACCUCCCCACCGAGGCGCGCGUCGUGGUGGCUGGUGAAGAGCUCUUCCUUCUCGUCAAGUCCAAGUGGAUGUACGUCUUUACUGACGACGUGGACUUCUCCAAGGCCUUCUGCGUGAACCACCGGAGCACCAACCCAGCCUGGCAGGAGCUCACCAGCAUCGGCGAGCGGGCGCUGUUUGUCGAUCCUCUCCACGGGUUCGCUGUGGGGACGACGGCAGGGUUCACGAAUCUUGAAAGCAACACGGUCUACUCGGUGACCACCAAGGAGGCGAGCCGUUCCAGCAGUGUGAAAUACAGUGUAUCGGCUUUCAACCUGCAGAGCCGGACCUCUAAGAAGCUUGCAUGCCGGCUGAACGAGCUUGACACGGCUCAGCGUGGCGGGGCGGCGGCAUCGUGGAUCAUACCAAGGGUGAAUGAGGGCUGA